AUGUGUUGGAACUGUCGCGGGUUUGGGAACCGGCAGACAGUUCAAGAGCUCGGGGAUAUUAUCUGGGCACAAGAUCCUACAGUCGUGUUCUUAGCCGAAACAUGGCUAGUUGAAGCUAGGCUUGCGAGUAUUUGUGACUCUUUACAUUUUGGUCAUUACUAUGGUGUGUCAAAAGUAAAUCAUGGUGGUGGCUUAGCCCUUUUCUGGAAAAAAGACUUCAAUUUAUGGGUUGUUUCUGCAUCCAUUAAUCACAUAGAUGCAGUGAUCUUUGAAGGGACUGAUAAAGCUUGGAGAUUUACGGGCUUUUAUGGAGCCCCUGAAACUCAUCUUCGUUCGGCUUCUUGGAAUUUAUUGAGAACCCUUCAUAAUCAGCUCGACUUACCAUGGCUGUGUGGGGGAGACUUUAAUGAACUUUUAAAGUCACAUGAGAAGAGAGGUGGUCGACCUCACCCUUACGGGCAGAUGCAAAAGUUUCGAGAGGUUCUAGAUGAAUGCCGGUUGAUGGACUUAGGUUUCAUUGGGAAGAAAUUUACAUGGUUUAAGAAUUAUCCCUCUGGUGGCUUAUGGGAACGUCUUGAUAGAGCUAUUAGCACGGCUGAAUGGCUUGAUUGUUUCCCUGCAACAAAGGUGCGGUCCUUUGUGUGUGGCCAAUCUGAUCACAGCCCCAUUUUUAUCCUACCUGAAGGUAUCCUUGUAAAACCUCAGCGACCUUGGCGUUUUGAACAAUUCUGGCUUGAAAAGGAAGGGUGUCAUGACACUGUGGCUCGUUCUUGGGUAGCAAUUCAAUCGGAUUCUCCUGUGGCCUCAGUUGUGGGAAAUAUUGAUAGGUGCCAAGUGAAACUAAAGAAGUGGAGCAAGAACUCAGUGGGUAAUAUUGCACGAACCUUGGUGGAUAAAAAAAAGAUGUUGAGUAAAGCAGAGGUAGUAGCUAUUCAAGGGGGCAGCGUGGAUUUUUUUCUACAAUUAAAAUUUGAAGUAAAUGAAUUUCUCCGCAUGGAAGAACAAAUGUGGCAACAGAGAAGUCGCACUCACUGGUUGUUAUCGGGUGAUAGCAAUACGAAAUACUUCCAUAAUAGGGCAUCCCAUCGCUUUCGCCGCAACUCUAUUUCUGAGCUCCGUGAUUCACAUGGGGUCCUUUUUUCAGGGGAGGAAAACGUUUCAGCCAUGAUAGUUGAUUUUUAUACAAAACUCUUCUCUUCUUCAAAUCCGAGUGGUUUGGAAACGGUGGUUCAACAUACUAAGAGGGUGGUGAGUGCAGAUAUGAAUGUUGGUUUGAUCGAAGAAUUCACAAGAUUGGAGGUUGAAACUGCCUUAAAGCAGAUGGCGCCUCUAAAAGCUCCCGGGCCCAAUGGUAUGCCACCAAUCUUCUUCCAACAUUACUGGGAUAGUAUUGGGGAUGACGUUGUCAAGGUUGUCUUAUUUUGUUUAAAUACCAGUGAUGUAUUGCCAGGUUUGAACCAUACUUUCAUUACUCUUAUACCUAAAGUUAAGAGCCCGGAACUUAUUUAUGAAUUUCUUCCUAUUGCCUUAUGUAAUGUUCUAUAUAAACUUGUCUCUAAAGUCUUGGCUAACAGAUUAAAAAGAGUUUUGCCCCAGAUUAUUUCAGAAUCUCAAAGUGCCUUCCAACUAGAUAAAGCCAUAUCGGAUAAUAUCCUGGUGGCUUUUGAAACUCUCCACCAUAUGAAGAUGAAGAAGGUGGGUAAAGUGGGACAUGUGGCUAUUAAAUUAGACAUGAGUAAGGCGUAUGACAGAUUGGAGUGGGAGUUCUUGAAGAAGAUCAUGGAAAAAAUGGGCUUUCAUCCCACAUGGGUUGGGUGGAUUAUGGAGUAUGACAGUCUCUUAUUUUGCCGAGCUCGGUUGGGGGAUGUGGUAGCCAUCCAAGCUCUCUUGGGUCUCUACGAGAAGGCUUCUGGUCAAAUGAUAAAUUCUGCAAAAACUACCCUCUUCUUUAGCAAAAAUGUCUUGGAUGCCACUAAAGAGCCCAUUAAAAAUCUGUUGGGAGUUGCUGAAAUCAAAGAAUACAAGAAGUAUCUGGGUUUGCCAGCGGUCAUGGGAAGAAACAAGAAGGCGAGUUUGAACUAUAUCAAGGAUAGGGUAUGGGGAAAACUCCAAGGGUGGAAGGAGAAGUUACUCUCCCAAGCGGGCAAAGAAGUGUUGUUAAAAGUAGUCGUCCAAGCCAUUCCCACCUUUGCUAUGAGUUGCUUUCGCCUUCCGGUGGGUCUUUGCCAAGAUAUUGAGAUGCUUAUCCGAAAAUUUUGGUGGGGCCAAAGGGGAGAUCGAAGAAAUAUUCAUUGGAAGAAAUGGGAGGUUUUGUGCAAGCCAAAACUAGAGGGAGGUUUGGGUUUUAAGGAUCUUUGUAAGUUUAAUGAAGCCAUGCUAGCAAAACAAAUAUGGAGACUAACAUACGACAAAGAUUCCCUUUUCUAUAAAGUGUUCAAGGCCAAAUAUUUUCCUAAUGGUAACGUGUUUGAAGCAAGAUCAGCCUCGGGGUCAUUUGCAUGGAAAAGUAUUCUCCGCUCCAAAAACUUAAUCGAAAGAAAUGCCCGCUGGAGGAUAGGGAACGGUAAAGGCAUUCAGAUCUUUCAUGAUGCUUGGUUACCUAACUUAAAUGAUGGCAGAAUCCUAUUCCACAGAGAUGUACUUGCCCCGGAUGCCACAGUGGAUAUGCUCAUAGAUCCUCAUUCAGGGUGGUGGAAUUUAAAUUUGAUUGACCAAUGUUUCUUCCCCCCUGAUGCUAAGAUUAUAAAAUCCCUGCCCCUUUGUAUUGUCCCCCAAAUUGAUUCCUUGGUUUGGCUAGCUAAAAGGAGUGGCCAGUUCUCAGUUAAGUCGGGAUAUAAGUGUUUAUGCGAUGACCCUUAUGUAAGUGAAUUUGAUUCAGAGUCUACAGAGGCUCACAGGGGUUUGUGGAAGGGUGUUUGGAGGCUAAACGUCCCAGGAAAGAUUAAACACUUCCUUUGGAAGUGUUGCACCAAUGCGUUACCCACGAAGGAAAACCUUUUGAAAAGAACCAUUAUUUCUGAAAGUGGAUGUGUUAAGGUUCGUCAGGUGUGGCUAAGGACUUUUGGUUGGCUGGAUCACAACCGAGUUGCUGAGGGUUCCUUCCCUGAUCUGGUUCGCCUAGUGCAGAUAAAACUGAAGUUGUUUCCUCUGUUUGCAGUUACGGCUUGGGCUGUGUGGCAUCACCGUAAUAAAUCUCGGCUUCAAGCAGUCACCGUUCCUCUAAAUCAGAUUGCUGUGUUUGCAGAAACUUACCUUCAAAAUUAUUCUGACUGUGCGGGACUUGGUGUGGUGGUUCGUAAUUCAGAGGGUGCGGUGUUGGCUGCCCUUUCUGAAAAAAUAGUGAAGCCUCAAUCAGCGGAGUUGGUGGAGAUUCUGGCUGCACGGCGUGCGGUGCUGUUUUCCUCUGAAUCGGGCUUCCACAACUCAAUCUUUGAGGGUGAUUCUUCUUCAGUCAUCAAGCUUCUACAAGAUAGGCAAGGUAAUGCGGUGGCGCAUGCUUUAGCCCAGAGAGCUAGAUUAUCUUUUCCUUCUGAGCUAUUUGAUUAUCGAAAUGCUAUUUUUGCCCAUGCUUCUUUGUUGCCCCCAUUGGACCUCCUUCUUGGUGAAGUUCAUGUUGCUCUCUAA